AUGAGUGGAAAAGGUGCUAAAAAGAAUGCCGUUUCUUCUAAAGGCCAGAGAAUUGCCAUCGUCAGUUCCGACAAGUGCAAGCCUAAAAAGUGCAGACAAGAGUGCCGCAAGUCUUGUCCUGUGGUGAAGACAGGUAAAUUGUGUAUUGAAGUCACUCCAGCGUCCAAGAUUGCUUUCAUUUCCGAGACCUUGUGUAUUGGUUGUGGUAUUUGUGUGAAGAAAUGUCCAUUUGAUGCUAUUACUAUCAUCAACUUGCCUACCAACUUGGAGGCUGAAACCACCCACAGAUACUCUGCCAACUCUUUCAAGUUGCACAGAUUGCCUACGCCAAAGCCUGGUGAGGUCUUGGGUUUGGUCGGUACCAACGGUAUUGGUAAGUCCACUGCAUUGAAGAUCUUGGCUGGUAAGCAGAAGCCUAACUUGGGUAGAUACGAUGACCCUCCAGACUGGGAAGAGAUCUUGAAACACUUCAGAGGUUCCGAGUUGCAGAACUUCUUCACCAAGGUUUUGGAAGACGACAUCAAGGCCAUCAUUAAGCCUCAGUAUGUUGAUAACAUUCCUAGAGCUCUUGCCAAGUCCCCUGUCAAGGACGUUGAAGGUAUCUUGAAGGCCAAGUGUGCCAGAAAGGAUCAGUGGGACUACAUCACCAACCUUUUGGAGUUGACUCCUGUCAUGAAGAGAGACGUCGCUCAGUUGUCUGGUGGUGAGUUGCAGAGAUUUGCGCUUGGUAUGACUUGUGUUCAAGAUGCCAACGUUUACAUGUUUGACGAGCCAUCCUCUUAUUUGGAUGUCAAGCAGAGAUUGAGAGCUGCUGAGUUGAUUCGUUCCCUUUUGGACCCAUCUACUUAUGUCAUUUGUGUGGAGCACGAUUUGUCCGUCUUGGAUUACUUGUCUGACUUUGUCUGUAUCUUGUACGGUGCUCCUUCCGUCUAUGGUGUGGUUACUUUCCCAUCCUCUGUGAGAGAAGGUAUCAAUAUUUUCUUGGACGGUUUCAUCCCAACUGAGAACAUGAGAUUUAGAGAGGAGAGCUUGCAGUUUAAGUUGGCCGAUGCCGCUGACGGCUUGGUUUUGGACCACUCUUCUGCUAUGCAAUACCCAACCUUGGAGAAGACCCAGGGUGAUUUCCACUUGAAGGUCGAAGAGGGUGAGUUCACCAACUCCGAGAUUUUGGUCAUGUUCGGUGAAAACGGUACUGGUAAGACCACUUUCUGUAAGAUGUUGGCUGGUGCUUUGGCUGCUGACAACGGUGUUGAGGUUCCAAAGUUGAACAUUUCUAUGAAGCCCCAGAAGAUUGCACCAAAGUUCCCUGGUACCGUCAGACAAUUGUUCUUUAAGAAGAUCAAGGCUUCUUUCUUGAACCCACAGUUCCAGACCGAUGUCGUGAAGCCUCUUAAGAUCGACAACAUCAUCGACCAAGAGGUCCAGGUCUUGUCGGGUGGUGAAUUGCAAAGAGUUGCUCUUGUGUUGGCUCUUGGUAUUCCAGCCGACAUCUACUUGAUCGAUGAGCCUUCUGCAUACUUGGACUCUGAGCAGCGUAUCGUCUGUUCCAAGGUUAUCAGAAGAUUCAUUUUGCAUGCUAAGAAGACUGCAUUCAUCGUUGAGCACGAUUUCAUGAUGGCUACAUACUUGGCCGACAGAGUCAUUGUGUUCGAGGGUACGCCAUCCAAGAAUGCCGUUGCCAAGGCUCCUGAAUCCUUGUUGACUGGUUGUAACAGAUUCUUGAAGAACUUGAACGUUACUUUCAGAAGAGAUCCAAACUCUUUCAGACCAAGAAUUAACAAGAGAGACUCUCAGAUGGACAAGGAGCAGAAGUCUGCUGGCAACUACUUUUUCUUGGACAACUCCGAGUUGUAA